UGUAAGACUGUUGCACUGAGCGCCACGUCACGGUGGGCGGGGCUUCAGCGGAUUCAAGAUGGCGACCACCUACAGCAGCUUCAGUUUGCACACGACACCUGAGAAGUUCUACAUCGAGGCGUGUGAUGAUGGCGCUAACGAAGUCCUCGCUAUUGAUCGGGUGUCUACAGAGAUGACUCUAAUAGGGAUGAAGGACAUUCCUCCCUCAGCAGUGACUCGGCCGAUAUGCGGCAUCAUGGGAACGAUGCGGCUGGUAGCAGGUACGUACCUCAUCGUGAUCACCAAGAAGAGGAAGGUGGGGGAUCUGCUGGGACACGCCGUGUGGAAGGCCGUGGAGUUCGAUGUGAUCUCGUAUAAGAAGACGAUGCUGCACCUCACAGACACGCAGAUGCAGGAUAAUAAGGCCUUCCUCGCUAUGAUCAACAACAUCCUGAACACAGACGGCUUUUACUUCGCCACAGACUACGAUCUCACACACACCUUACAGCGACUCGCUAACACCAGCCCCGAGUUUCAGGAGAUGAGUCUUCUGGAGAGGGCGGAUCAGAGGUUUGUGUGGAACGGUCACUUGUUACGAGACUUCAGCACACAGCCCGAGUUGCACAGAUUCGCCUGCCCCGUGAUCCACGGCUUCAUCGCGAUGAAGUCCUGCUGCAUCAAUGGGAAGGUGUUUGACUGGAACCUCAUCUCCAGGAGGAGCUGUUUCCGUGCCGGCGUCCGCUACUACGUCCGAGGGAUCGACUCUGAGGGUCACGCGGCAAACUUCGUGGAGACGGAGCAGAUCGUCCAAUACAACAGCGCCAAGGCUUCAUUCAUACAGACACGUGGCUCCAUCCCGUUCUUCUGGUCUCAGCGUCCAAACCUCAAGUACAAACCCAAACCUCAGAUCAGCAAGAGCGGCAAUCACCUGGAUGGUUUUCAGAGACAUUUUGACUCUCAGAUCAUCACCUACGGCAAACAAGUCAUUUUAAAUCUGAUUAAUCAGAAGGGUUCUGAGAAACCCCUGGAGCUCGCCGCCAAGAUGGUGGAGAGUCUCGGAAACGGCAUGAUCAAGUACGUGGCCUUUGACUUUCACAAGGAGUGCAGUAGGAUGAGGUGGCAUCGCCUGCAGAUCCUGGUGGACACGGUGGCUGAGCAGCAGGACGAGUUUGGCUUCUUCCUGGUGGACGCGGACGGAACGGUCCAAGUGCAACAGGAAGGGACGUUCCGGAGCAACUGUAUGGAUUGUCUGGAUCGUACCAAUGUGGUUCAGAGUCUUCUGGCCAGGCGAUCGCUGCAGUCUCAGCUGCAGAGGAUGGGCAUCCUGCAUGUUGGACAGAGAAUUGAGGAUCAGACUGAUUUUGAAAAGAUCUACAAGAACGCGUGGGCUGACAACGCUAAUGCGUGUGCAAAGCAGUAUGCAGGUACAGGAGCGCUGAAGACCGACUUCACACGGACAGGAAAGAGGACGCAGUGGGGGUUGGUGAUGGAUGGCUGGAACUCAAUGAUUCGAUAUUACAAGAACAACUUCUCAGAUGGAUUCAGACAGGACUCCAUCGAUCUGUUUUUAGGAAACUACGCCGUGGAUGAAGCGGACAUGAACACCACUCUCCAUGAAGCCAAAGACUGGAAGUUUCUCACGCUUCCCAUCAUCAUGGUGGUGGCGUUCUCCAUGUGCAUCAUCUGCCUCCUCAUGGCUGGUGAGACGUGGACGGAGACGUUAGCGUACGUGCUGUUCUGGGGAACGGCGAGCGUGGUGACCGCCGGCGUGAUCCUCUUCAACGGCCGGGACUUUGUAGACACUCCCAGGCUGGUCCAGAAGGAGAAGAUGGACUGAGAGUGCGUGUGUGGAAAGCAGCUGGGUUCCGUCGACUCUUCGUCCUUGUCCUCAUCCUCGUCCCCGUCUUCGUCCUCAGGCCUUUCCUUCUCUCGUCUGCACCGUGACUGGAGCCUAUACUGAGCGCCGUCUUCAUCACCGUUCUGUCAUGGUGGAGGAGGAAGAGGAGGAGGAGGAAGUGGAGGAGAAGAAGAAGAGCAGGGGCCAGGCGGGGCCAAAAAAAAAAAGGUGGGCGUUGGCAAGACCGACUCUAAGCCACACCCACCUGCUGCUCUCCACACUGCAGUCUCAUCUCGUAGGAACUGGCCCGGACUGAAGGGGGUGCUGUUCCUUGUCUCAGAGCUACACCGGAGAACAGCCCCCCCAAAACACACACACACACACACACACACACACACACACACACACACACACACACACACACACACACACACACACUCUCUCUCUCUCUCUCUCUCUCUCUCUCUCUAUAGCGUAGCUGGUAUUUUAUUACCAAUUGAACAAAAUGCCCCUUUCCCUCACUUUCAGGGCGAAUGAUAUGAUGAUAUUCGAUCAUUUUAUUGUGUUAUAUUGUGUCCGUCAGGAAACUAAACUCACCCGCGUGAGGUUUUAGACCCCAAUCAUAGCAUCUGUAAACAAGUGUUUUUUUUUUGUUGUUGUAAACACCGGAAUGAAAAAUAUUCGACAGCAUCCUGUUUUCCAACAUCGUGAAAAACGUGUUAAACUGAGGGGAUUCUUGGCGUGUGGCUCGACUCUGUGCCAAAAUUAAUUCCUGAUGUCAAUAUCCAGAAGGGAAAUGUCAUUAUAGACCAACAACCGUCGCAUUAAAGAGAAUAGAGAUGGGUAAUGAUUAAUACACAGCUUUAUGUGGAAAUGUAACGCUACUCUUUUAUUCACUAUUAACAUUCAAUUUCAGCUCGAAAAAUGACUUAAAACAGUCUGUGAAAAGUGUAAACACGUGCAUGUUCCUUCUGUUUCUACGCAACAAACUGAAUAAAAGGCAAAAACCAACCAGUAUGUGACUAUGAAUGAGUAGGAAAAAGUUCUAUGGAGUCCAAAUGGGACGUUUUUGUCUGAACUUGAACUUGUGUGAGACGGAGAACAAGAGAGAAGAUGUGAUCAGACUCCCUCACCCCCACACUCACACAUGGAGGUGGAAGUUUAAUGGUUUGGAGUUGUUUUGGAGCAGUGAAGGUUCUGGAAAUUGGAAAUUAACCAUUAGCGUGUAGUUCCAUCUGGACUGCGUCUCGUUGAAACAUUGAGUUCUUUAAGUGUUAUUUCGAGAGCAAUCAGUGGUCUGGAGUGAUAUCUAUCACGACCUAUCAGAGAGAUCCAUCAUGGAACGACCUGCCCAGUCACCGCACCUAAAUCCUACUGAACUGCUCUGGGAUGAAGAAGAAAAUCUCCAAACUAGUGAAGAACAUGCAAAGUAUUUCAGCUGAACGUGUGGAGAAACGAAGUGUCCGGAGUGUUUCAAGCUGUUCUUCAUGCUAAUGGAGGAUUUUUCAGUGUAAAUAAAUGAAACAUCUGGAAGUGUAUAGAUCUGUUUGGUCUCAGUGAAUCUCCAUAACGUUACAUUCCCGGUUUGGUUGCACUGAAAAACAAAAGGAACAUGAAUGUGUUUAAAACGAUUAGAAAACAUCAUUUCUUGUUUUAGCAGAACUGCAGAUUGUCUGGAAUAAGUCUGGAAGCUUAGAGGCACCAAUUUCAUCAUUUUCUAACAAACUGUACAAUUUCGAUAUAAACAAGUAUCAGAUCAAAGGUAGAGCUCCAUGACCAUCAGGAUCGCUCUUUUAACCUUUGAGAAAAUUCAUUUUCAUUUCAUUUGUAAUAUUUUAACUCUUAAAUGAUGUAAUUUCACACCUUUGGCCAUUUACAGAACAAUUACAUUGAAAAAGCAACAAACUGAAUCUUCAGCAGCACGAAGAAAAAGACUUGUAUUAGCGUGCUAACCUGCUAAUUAGCUAGCCUGUUAGCUAAUAAAGUUACUUUAAAUAUGUAGAUGCAGUACGUAGCUGAUCGUGUGGUAUGUAAAUGUGUAUAUAUAUAUUUUAGUUGCUUCUAAUUGGUUAAUUACGUACAGAUUUUCCAAGCAGAAACAUCAAUAUAAUUAAUGGGGGUGUUUUGUUUUAUGAAUUGUGCCAUUCUGGUUUCUCUGAACUGAUUAAUUUAAUCCAGAGAGAUCAAAACCUGACAAAUGGUAGUUGAAAUGUUUUUUUUUUUGGAAGUUCAACGACGUGAAAGUUCAGUUUUCGGUUAAUGCUGUACAUUGAAUGAAAAUACGGUGUAUUUUUAGCUUUAGGAAACCUUUUUUAAGGAAAUAACCAGCACGCUUGAGGAAAAUGUUGACGUUCUCGACAAUUUUGUCUCGUUUCCAUGAUCGCUGUGCCUUUCACAACGUCCUUAUAGACCAUUUUAAGUGCUGUUUGCUAGAUGCCUGCCUUUUCUUUUAGCUACAGGAAUUAGCCAUGGUGCUAAUCACCUGAGAUUUGAGAAUCUGAUGUCUGGCUUUGCAUGUUGAAAUAAUUUAAAGGACAAUAAAAUAAAAGAAAUAGAUAAAACGUUAA